AUGCCUUCCGAGAAGCAGGCAAGCAAGCGGAAACCAGGGCCGGCCGCGAGUGGCAAUGAGAAACCUCCCGGAAAACGAUCCCGCGUCUCAAGAGCAUGCGACCAGUGCCGUAUUGCACGAGAGAAGUGUGAUGGGGUUCAGCCUACAUGCUUUACUUGUUCUACCUCAACCCGAGCCUGCACUUACACGACAAACCCAAAGAAGCGGGGCAUCCAGCCCGGCUAUAUCAGAACGUUAGAGCUUGGCCUAACAUGGUUAUUCAACAACGUCCCCAAUGCCGAAGUGUCUCUCAACAAGAAACUGACUCAAGAAGGCGCAGCUUCUGUGUUGUUAGGAAGGGAUUCGAAUGAUGCGAAUCAACUAUAUAAGAGCUGGAGAAGAAGUCAGUUCUGUAAAGAUGUCGACAAGCUGCUCUCUGGCCAGGAGACUCUUAGGCAAGACGAGAGCAAUUCUCCAGAGAGUGGCGAUGACGACAACGACGCUCAGGAAAUGGCACACACAAGUCAUUCCGAUCCCUCUUUUGGGCACCAUGAUUCUAUUUCGAUACCACACAUUCCGCUAGAGACCAUGCCGCUCAAGGCUCACAAAAGUGAUGACGUACAAGCCACUCUUCUCCCUUCAAAUAGAUGGCGUCUCUUCGAUGUCUACUUCGCACACACUCAUUGCUGGUUUCCCAUCUCGGAGAAACAUGACCUUCUCAAGAUAUCAUACUCAUAUCCUGACCAAGGAUUGGCCCUCUCCUCUAGUAUGCCCUCCUCUGGGGACCAUGCUGAAUUAUGGAGCAUCUUAGCUUUUGCUUCUCUCCAGGAUAUGUCGAGCACAGGCAUUUCAGAAACCGAGCCUCAUUCCGCCCCUGAGAGACUGUACGAUGUUGCACGUUCUCUAGUUCCUCACGAAACAGGCGCCUUCGAGCUAGGCCAUGUGAAAGCAUUCCUGAUUCUCGCUCUAGUGAACAUCAGCCAGUCCCUUCCUACCGCAGCGUGGCUCCUGGUUGGUCACGCUGCGCGUAUCCUAGCUGGAAUACAACACCGAGGAUCACAAUGCGCAUCUCUUCCCAGGUUUAAACAUGUUCUUGCCGGGUGCUUCCUUCUCGAUACCGUUUUAGCCGUGCAACUUCAGCGACGCUCAUAUUUUCAAUUGUCAGAUAUUGAGCGGAUAGGAAAAGUUGAUCAGGAUGGUUUGGAGGAGUGGCAGCCCUGGGUUGGCUGUCUCGAAUCCGGCCCAUCAAGGUACCGUUCGACUAUGCGCGCCCCUGUCCUCAGUCUGAGUUCCUUCAACUAUCUGGUAGAGGUUGCCGGUAUUAUGGCUUUGUCAACCCCGAUUGGGAAUUCAAAUCCUUCGCCACACGAGGUUAUUCAUAGGCUUGAGCUCUGGAAGGCGUCAUUACCUGCAACCUUCGAUCAUAUACGAAACCCAACUGCCGCCAUUCCACAAACACCACCAGCAAUGCUCCUACAGCUAGUAUAUCACUGCGCCUCCUUAAGUCUUCUUUCUUCCCAAAGUUCAGCGAUGCGGAUCUUGGAAUUGCUCGAGCAAUCUCGGGACGUGCUAGGAUUAAUUGCAUUGCCACCACUCGUACAGAGCUUACUCGAGAUAAUCGUCAGGACUAGAGGGUUUGAUAUAUCAGAUCAGGGGUCAAGGAUGCGCUUCCAGAAGUUUCGGAAUGAAUACAUCCAGAUUUGGUCUCGAGAAUGGCGAAGCACUCCAACGAGAACCGCUCAUUCACGGCACUCAUUCGAAUCAUCCCGCGUGCAAAUUCCUACUCCUGAAUCCAUCCAGAUUCAAUUUAACCCUCCGCUUAUUCCACCUAGCAUCCCCAAUACCAAAAUUACCCGACCGCCCACGAGCUCCACGCUUCUCGACGACCUUCUACCCGACAUGAAUUCAGCGACCGUGCCUAACCGCCCACAUUCUUUGAACAUCUCAGGCUCGCAACCGCAUUUGCAAGAUCUCACUAUUCCUGAUUUUGAUGGCGCCUUCGGUGCUCCGAUCCUUGAUCAUCAGAAUUCAGUAGCGUCUCGGGACUUAGAAAACUUCUUUGACGAAUUAGCAUCCCUCGAUGGCGCAGAGCGCUUAGACAACCAACCCCAAUUUAUGCAAAACUUAGGGUUUGCGCCAGACGCGAACAUUGCAGACUUAGGAUUCGGCCAACUCAAUUCGUUUCUUUCACGGUACAUUCUUCCGAACGGCGAAGAUCACGCAUCUUUGGACCAAGCGCAUAUAUUUGACGGGAGCUGA